AUGUACAAGACUUUCAACUACUCCGAGCAAUCUGAAAGUGUCUCCGACAUGAUUUUCGGGUUUCUAGAUGAAGGUGAAGGGCUAACAGAGAGCUCUUGUGACUCGAGUGACGGCUUUGGUGGCAGUGAUUCUGUCGAAGAUGAGGAGGUUGAAAAUCCUCCUAAUCUUGAGGAGAGGAAGGUUUUCUGGGAAACACAAGAAGAACUCCUCCAGGCAACUUUGUGUAGGACUAGUUCUAUUGAGUCCAAAGUAAGGUAUGCUACCGAGGAAGCCCUCAGGGAGAUCAGUUUGGGAGCCGGUGGUUGUGUUUGUCAGAGACCGGUGUCCGAUGGCUGUCGGGAUUGUAUACAGAGAGAGAUUAUGGGUCGCCUUCAGAAUGAAGGUUACAAUUGUGCCAUUUGCAAGUCCAAGUGGAAGAGCUCUCCGGACAUCCCCUCAGGGGAGCACACCUUUCUGGAAGUGGUGCACGAAUCAAGUUCUAAAAGCGGAGAGGUGAGAGUGGUGAUUGAAUUAAAUUUUCGGGCCGAAUUUGAAAUGGCGAGAGCUAGCGAAGAGUACAACCGGUUAAUUAACCGGUUACCGGAAGUGUUCGUCGGAAAAGUCGAAAAGCUGCGAGCUCUAAUUAAAAUAUUAUGUUCUGCAUCCAAAAAAUGCAUGGAGGAGAGAAAGAUGCAUAUGGCUCCAUGGAGGAAGCUAAAAUACAUGGAAGCAAAAUGGCUCGGCACGUAUGACCGGAAAACCCUAGUGCCCAUUUCACCGGUAGAACAAUUGAACCGGUCGGGAAAGCAAAGGGCAUCCAGGCUCACCUUUGAUUUGCUAGAAACUUCGUCGGGCUUGCAUUGUCCAACGAUUAAAGUGAUGUGA